AUAUGUACCCACAGACUGUUAUUCUAGCCAGAUUAUAUAGAAUUGUAUAACGCGUAACACUCAACGAUAAUACUAUAUACAUAAGUAGUUAAUAAGUAUACUUACUAGUGCAAUUUAAUACAUUUUACUUUAUUCAAUUUAAUGACUUCUAUUUAGUAUUAUAAUAUAGAAGUAUGAUACAUUACUACGAUUAUCAUUUAUCACCUAAUCAUUGAUGGCUCGACCUAAUUGGUCGUUUGGUCAAUAACUAUUAAAGUAUUAACUAUUUAGCACCUACUACCUGUUGUAGUAUUUAAAUUAUUUAAGUUCUUGUAACUUCUGCCUUCAGCUUUUGGUAAAUAUUAAUUGGGUUGGUAAUUAUUAUCGUACAAAAGUAUAAAUAAUUGUACAUUUAUUCUCUAUAUAAUACUUAUCCCAGAACUCGGAAGUAUAAUUAUUAUAAUUUCAUACCAUAUAAAAUGUCGAAGAUUGUUGUUAUUGGUUCUUGUAGUACUGAUAUGUUCUUUUAUACAUCAAAAUUGCCUAACCCUGGACAGACCAUACAUGGUAAACAAUUUACUUUAGAUUUUGGUGGUAAGGGAGCAAACCAAUGUAUUGCUGCACAGAAACUUGGAGCUGAUACUGUAUUUAUUGGCUGUGUUGGAUCAGACAUUUUUGGUAGAGAUAUUAUAAGUAAUUUUAAACGAUGGGGUGUUGACACUCAAUUUAUAACAAAAAAAUCAGUUGAUACUGGAGUAGCUCAGAUCAAUGUUACUGAUAAUGGUGAAAAUUAUAUCAUUAUAGUAGCUGGAGCUAAUGGAACAUUACAAAAAGAGGAUGUGGAUAAAGCUCAUGAUUUAUUACUCAAUGAGGCUAGGGUUGUACUAUUUCAAUUUGAAACACCUCUGGAAACAACGGAAUUUAUACUUAAUAAGCUUUCUACAACCAACAGUAAAUGUUGUAAAAUUGUAAAUGGGGCUCCAGCUUAUUCAAAUUCUUAUCAAAAUAUACUUAAAUUGGCUGAUAUAUUUUGUGUAAAUGAAUCUGAGGCAGAAAUUUACACAAAUUGCAUUAAGAAAAUUGAUAGUAUUGAAUCCGCCAAUGAGGUUUUAACAUUACUUUUAAAACAAGGAUGUAAAACUGUAAUUAUUACAUUAGGAUCUCUGGGUGCCGUAUUUGCAUCUAAAGAUGAACGAGAACCACAGUGGGUUCAAGUGCCAAAAAUAGAAAAUCCUGUUGAUACCUCAGGUGCUGGGGAUGCGUUUUUAGGAUCUCUGGCUUAUUUUAUUGUUCAUACACCAAAUUUGAGUUUAUAUGAACAAAUUCAUAGAGCAUGUGUUAUAGCUACUAGGACAGUUCUAUUUCAAGGAACUCAAAAAAGUUAUCCGUUAAAAAAGGAUUUACCCGACGAUAUGUUCGAUUAAAAAUAUAUACAUGAAAUAAAUAUAUGGUAGUACUUAAUAAUAGUUUAUACAUUUAAAAAGUUGUUAUUUGUUAUAACUGUU